AGAAAAGCCUCCCGCAAACGAGCAAGUAAACAACUUUGGGAAAACGUAAUCUGCAUCGGUGGAGACUGUACAUCGGUUAUUAGCUCGGCUUUGCGUUUAUGUAGUUAGCAGAGUGACUCAGCCGAGUGGGGCGUGCUGCUCUGCCUAUCAGCGCCGUCAAAUGGAACGACGCGGCGAGAAGGAAGAAAACGAAAACAACGAGCAACGGAACGACGCGCUACCGCCACGGUCUACGCGGAGAAGAGAAGACUCGAGGCACGCGCUUACGUAAAAGACCGCAUUUCGGCGGAUCGGUCGGGCAGGCCUCGCUGGAGCAACGCGGAGGAGACGGCCGAGCAGCUCCGUCAAUCAUCGCCAGUAAACAGAUAAGAGGAUAAGAGCGGAGCAUGUCGUAGUGUAGCGGCGUAUCUGUACGUUCAUUGGCUGGGAGGCCUUCGAGGCUUCCGUCCGCAGUGGGUUGCGCGCGAGCGCUCGUUCGAGAUGUACCGAACCGCGAGGCUGGCGUCGAGAGGCGGCCGCGAGACCGGCGACCGCUGGAGGGCCGUGCUCGAGCCGCGAGGACGACGACCGUACCACAGCGGCUCGGGCGUCUACGGGCACCGCGACGGAGCUCCAAGGCGAUACGAAGUGCCGCCCGAGGAGCUGCGCGCGCGAGCGGAGAACAGCAACUUUUACAGGCUGCUCGCCGCUUAUCGCGAGCACGGCCACAAGCAGGCGGACGUGAACCCGAUCGCCCUGAGAAGGCCGCGAGCGCUGGCCGAGCUGCGACCCGAGCGCUUUGGCUUGCGGCUGAGCGACGGCGUGCGCCUGCGAGGCUUGCUGCACUGCCGCGAGCGGGACGCCACCGUUGCCGAGGCCCUCGACCUUCUCGAUCGGAUGUACAGCGGCGCCAUGUCGGCGGAGUUCGCUUACUUGGAGAGCGAGGAGGAGCGCGAGUGGUUUGCGAGGAAUUUCGAGCAAUGCCAUAACGAGGCUCUCUGCGACGAGACGAGGCGUGCGAUCGCCAAGGAGAUGCUCAAGAGCCAAGCCUUCGACAAAUUCCUCGGCGUCAAGUUCGUCAGCGUGAAGCGUUACGGUGCCGAGGGCGCCGAGAGCAUGAUGGCCUUCUUUCACGAACUCUUCAGGUUGUCGGCUCACGAUGCGCUGGACGAGUUGGUGCUCUGCAUGCCGCAUCGCGGCCGGCUCAACUUUCUCACGGGCAUGUUGAAAUUCCCGUCGGAGAAGCUCUUCCGCAAGCUGCGGGGGCUGCCCGAAUUCCCGGCGGACGCGAAAGCGACCGGCGACGUCAUCAGUCAUUUCGUCUCCUCGACGGGCUUGACCAUCGGCGCUCGCCAGAUUCAAGUGAGCAUGCCGCACAAUCCGUCGCACCUCGAAGCUGUCAACCCCGUAGCGAUGGGCCGAACACGGGCGCUCAUGCAGCUCCGCAAGGAGGGCGCUUACUCGGAAGAUAGAGGCUCGCAGUGGAGCGAUCGGACCGUCAACGUGCAAGUGCACGGCGACGCGGCUUGCGUAGCCCAAGGCGUCAAUCAGGAGUGCUUGGCGCUCAGUGCCGCGCCCAACUUCGAAAUUGGUGGCUCGAUUCAUCUGGUGGUAAACAAUCAGAUUGGUUUCACUACUCCUGCUGCGAGGGGUCGAUCGUCGAGGUAUUGCACGGACAUCGCCAAGUUCGUUUCGGCGCCUCAGAUUCACGUCAACGGCGAUGAUCCAGAGAUGGUCGUGAAAGCUACGAGGCUGGCUUUCAACUACCAGAGGAACUUCAGGAAAGACGUUUUUGUGGACCUGAAUUGCUUCAGACGCUGGGGUCACAAUGAACUUGAUGACCCGACUUUUACCAGUCCUCUCACCUACAAAAUCAUUCGCAAUCGGCCGUCGAUUCCCGACCGCUACCUGGACAAGCUGAUCGAGUCGAACGUGAUGACAGAGGAGCAAGGAGCAGCGAUUAGCGAGCGACACACGGCCAAGCUCAACGAGUCUCUUCGAAAGGCCGACAGUUACGAGCCAGAACGAACGUACUUCAAAGGUCGUUGGAGCCAGCUUCAACAAGCUGCUCAUUCGCUUACCAUCUGGGACACUGGCGUAGACGCGAAUCUUCUGAGGUUCGUUGCCGAAAAGAGCGUGCGCUAUCCAGCUGCUCUGGAUGUGCAUCCGACGAUCCUCAAGAGUCACGUCCAAGCCAGGCUACAGAAGCUCGAGCGCGGUGGCAAGACUAUCGACUGGUCGACUGCCGAAGCGAUGGCUUUUGGUAGCCUCAUGUACCAAGGUUACGACGUACGAAUAAGCGGCCAGGACGUUGGUCGUGCUACCUUUUCGCACAGGCACGCUAUGCUCGUCGAUCAAACUACAGGAGAAAUGUACAUACCGUUGAAUUCAAUGGUGGAAGGCCAGACGGGUAAGCUGGAAAUCGCCAACAGCAUACUCUCCGAAGAGGCAGUUUUGGGUUUCGAGUACGGCAUGAGCAUAACUUUACCGAACAUGCUACCAAUCUGGGAAGCGCAGUUCGGUGAUUUUUUCAACGGCGCACAAAUCAUUAUCGACACAUUCGUUAGCAGUGGUGAAGCAAAGUGGAUGACUGCUAGUGGUCUCGUUAUGAUUCUACCUCAUGGCUACGAUGGUGCUGGACCUGAGCACAGUUCCAGCAAGUUCGAACGAUUCCUGCAGUUGACCGACAGCAAGGAGGAUAAGCCUGACGGGGAUGAUAUCAAUAUGCAAGUUGUCAACCCGACGACUCCGGCACAGUACUUCCACUUGCUUAGGCGCCAGAUGGUCAGAAACUUUAGAAAACCGUUGAUAAUCGUUUCACCGAAAACGUUACUUCGCCAUCCAUCGGCUCUGUCCUCGUUGGAAGAAUUAGCUCCGAACACCAGUUUCAAGCCCGUUAUAGGAGAUGACAAGAUCAACGGAAAUUCAGUUCGCAGAGUGAUACUAGUCAGUGGAAAACAUUAUUAUGCCCUCGAAAAACACAGAGCAACUCUCGGACUGCAACAUACGGCUAUUGUCAGAGUUGAAAGUUUGUGUCCAUUCCCAGUACUUGAAAUCAAUGAAGAACUGCAAAAGUAUUCAAAUGCGGAAACUUUUAUUUGGAGUCAAGAGGAGCCUCAAAAUAUGGGUGCAUGGACAUUCAUCAAGCCUCGAUUCGAAAACUUGUGUGGUCGCAAAAUACGCUAUUGUGGACGGGAAGUUCUACCUACGUCAGCGGUUGGCAUAGGUCAAGUGCAUCAACGUCAAUCUGAAGAAGUUAUUGUCAAACCGUUUACCAUGAAGUAAAGUACCAUCAGCAAACUUUUUCAUUCAAUUCCAAUUUUCACGAGAUUGUCAACGUCCUCUUUGACUGAGAUCGUCAAGUGCAAAGUUGUUGUUGAACUUUGUUAUUUAUUUUGACAUAUCCACUUAAUUCAAAUUUGAAAAAAAAUUAAGUUUUAUCGUAAGUUGUAUAAUUUGAUAGAUCCUUGAUUUUUCUUUAUUUUACGAAUGUUUUUAUGCCAUUUAUAAAUGAUAUUAUUGAAACAUCAAUUACAAUGUAAAAUUAGUUUUUAAAUGAAAGAAUUUAUAAUAAAUAUUUCUUAAA